GGGCAGGGGCGCAGCUCGGGCCGCGGGCACUAAUGGCGGCGGGCGCGGCGGGGCGGGGGGCAGGCCCUUUUGCAGCCUCUAUACAGCCUGGGUUCGAGUCCAGGCACCGCCCCGUUGGUCUCGGAUCGGACACUGCCGUUUCUCGCCUCAGUGCCCUCGUCUGAUGGAACCAGGUGAGGAGCUGGAGGAAGAGGACUCUCCAGGUGGUCGUGAAGAUGGCUUCACUGCUGAGCACCUGGCUGCGGAGGCCAUGGCAGCCGACAUGGACCCCUGGCUGGUGUUUGAUGCCCGCACGACACCUGCCACAGAGCUGGAUGCCUGGUUGGCCAAGUACCCGCCAUCCCAAGUUACCCGCUAUGGGGACCCUGGCUCACCCAACUCUGAGCCCGUGGGCUGGAUUGCAGCGUACGGGCAGGGCUACAUCCCCAACUCGGGUGAUGUGCAGGGCCUGCAGGCCGCCUGGGAAGCUCUGCAGACCAGCGGGCGGCCCAUAACGCCUGGUACCCUGCGCCAGCUGGCCAUCACCCACCAGGUGCUGUCUGGCAAAUGGCUAAUACACCUGGCACCUGGCUUCAAGCUGGACCACGCCUGGGCUGGCAUUGCUCGGGCCGUGGUUGAGGGCCGGCUGCAGGUGGCCAAGGUGAGCCCACGGGCCAAGGAGGGAGGGCGGCAGGUCAUCUGUGUUUAUACGGACGACUUCACGGACCGCUUGGGUGUUCUGGAGGCAGAUGCAGCCAUCCGUGCGGCAGGUGUGAAGUGUCUGCUUACCUACAAGCCUGACGUCUACACCUACCUGGGCAUCUACCGGGCCAACCGCUGGCACCUCUGCCCCACUCUCUAUGAGAGCCGUUUCCAGCUGGGGGGCAGUGCCCGUGGCUCCCGUGUGCUGGACCGUGCCAACAAUGUGGAACUGACCUAAUAGGGCCACAUGAGGGAGACGGCCCUUGCCCCCGCUGCUGGGUCUGGAGCCUCCGUCUGUCUUCCCCCUCCUUGUCCCACGGAGGCCGAGCCUCUCCAGCUCUGAGGACUGGGUCACUCGGGAACUGCCUGCAUCUUUGAUCUCUUUGAACCUCUGUCCUGUGUUCGGGGUGACUCCAGUCCCCGCUGGCUGGAGGCAAUGGCUCCCUGAGGGCCGGACCCUCAGCCUCUCUUAGCUGCUGCCUCCCCUUGGUCAUCCAGAACCACAGGCGGGGUUGCAGAUGCCAGCAGGAGAACCUUCCUUGGCCACCGUCAUCCCUGGCUGCACCUCCCCCUCCUCCUGCAUCCUCCCCUUCUCCUCCUCUUUUACAAGAGAAAAAACUAGUGCUUCCAAUCCCUCUCCUCGGGGCCUUCACAGUGCAGGGGGCAGAGGUCCUGUGGGCCUGAGCAUUUCAUUUUGUUGGGAGAGAGUGGGUAAUGGUUCCCACUCUGCCUCCAGCAGAGAGCGUGCAUGCCAGGGCCAAGGACACAGGGCCUGUCCCUGCCACCUCAUAGCCCGCACCACCUUCUUCCUUUCUUUGGCUCCCUUGUCACAUGCGUACUCCUGGCAUUUCAAUAAACCCAGCCUGGGUCUGUGUCUUGAGUGUUUUUUACAA